AUGGGCACCAGGGAAACCGGAAAAGCUGGCUCUUGGUACGUGGCCUCCCCCGAGGCUCUCUCGGCCGAGCUGGAUGGCUACCUGUCAGAGGUUCCCGACACCAUAGACGGCUCGUCGCUCCCCAUUCCCGGAGCCCGAAUCAUCAUUGCACCCCACGCAGGGUACACGUAUUCGGGCCCAUGCGCCGCCUGGGCGUAUAAAGUCCUGGACCUCAGCAAAGCCAAACGCGUGUUUAUCCUUGGCCCAUCCCACACGUACUACCUCGACGGGUGCGCCGUGACAACGUACGCCAAAUACGCCACUCCCUUCGGCGACCUGACUGUCGAUGUCGACGUGCUUCGGAGGGUCAAAGAAGCCGGGCACAUGGGCAACAUCCCCCGGUCCAAGGACUCGGCCGAGCAUUCCCUGGAAAUGCACCUGCCGUUCCUCUACAAGCGGUGCGAGCAGACGUUUGGCUCGCCCGAAAAGUUCCCCGCCGUGGUCCCCAUCCUCGUCGGCGACAACGGCCGAGAAAGGGAGAAGGACGUUGGCAGCAUCUUGGCAGCGUACCUGAGGGACGAGGAGAACGCCUUUAUUGUUUCCUCGGAUUUCUGCCACUGGGGCGCACACUUUCAGUACAUGGUGUACGCGCCCCAGAAUGACCUGUCCCGGUUGGUUCACUUGCGCAGGUCAGAAGAUAGGCCGACCGGACCACCGAUUCACGAAACCAUCAAGCUACUCGACGAGGCAGCCAUGGACGCCGUCAAGAGCGGAAGUCACGACGCCUUUGUCGACAAUCUCGGGAAAACAAAGAAUACAGUCUGCGGUCGACAUCCCAUCGGAGUAGCCAUGGCAGCUCUGGAGAUUCUCGCAGCCGGGCAAGCCGGGCAAGCCGGGCAAGCCGGGCAAGCUGGGCAAGUCGACGACGAGGACAAGUGCCGGUUCAAGAUUACGCAGUAUCAACGCAGCAACUUGGUGGACUCGCCCAGCGACUUUAGCGUCAGCUACGUUUCGGCAUAUGCCGUCUUGUGA